AUGCUCUUGUUUCUUAGGGACUUCUGGAUUGAGAAAACAAUCUACGAGCAGGUAUACAACACUGCCGGGCGCUGGAAGAGGAAGCAGAAGACGUCAUUCAAUGCACAAAUGAUAGAUGUUGUGAAGAGAAGAAGCGACUCGUCUUUUGAAGUGUGUGUAUCUGACUCGAGGCAUUUUAUCGAUGCUGUCCUGGCAAGAGAGGCCAUUGAGGAAUUUGGAAGAGAGGUGGCUUGUGGAAUUGAAGAUGUGAAGGGGUGCUACAUCACAGUCGACGAGUUCUACUAUGAAUACAGCUUUGCAAGCAGGAGGUUUUUUGUGUGGAUAGAGAAAUUUACCUAUUGCGGAGGAGAGUGUGACACGUAUGGAGACCCGUCCGACAUCAAUGAAGCGUGUUUUCUUCGAAGCCUAGCCAACUCCCCGCUGUACAUGAAGCCUGUGCCUGGGGAGCUGAUGGUUCACAAGACUGCCAUCGGGUGUGUGGGCUCUGAAAGGGAAAGGAUAGGCCUAAUGACGGUGCUGGAACAGAAUGACGAUCUCUGUGGAGACGGAUGCUAUCUGUGCAGAAAACUAGAGGCCGAGGGCCGUGAGUCUGAUGGGAGUGGGUCCCGGGAGCAUGGAGAAAAACAGAAGACUAGAAGAUACAAUCCAUUUGAAGAGAGGAUGCAUGAUGGCAUGAACACGGCGGUGGAAGACGGAAAAAUGGAGAUCAAGAGGAUUUACAUCUUUGAUGGCAUGUAUGUUGAGAAAGAGGCCGAAAAGAAGGAUCGAUGGGAAUCGAGAGGCAGAUAUCUGGACCUGUGCUCAGACAGCGAGGAAGAGGGGCGGAGAGAUUUAUUGGAGUAG